CAAUUUUUCAUACCACCAUAACAAAACAUAACCAAACCUUAUCCACGUCGUACGCAGCGACAAGAAAGUUAGUCAUUUUUCUAAAAUAAAUGGUUAUUUCUUUGAAAACUUUCUAUCACGACUUGGUGAAGGUGUAGAUUUCAUGUCACUUCUUCGAAGUACGUCAUUAGUCUCACGGUUUAGUGGGAAAUUCCCCUUGACUUCUGCCCGGUGCACUUUUUCUGCUACGGGCAUGGAAACAAGUGCGGGUGCUGAUACCGAUCCCACAAAUAACAAGUCAAUUGCAGCGGAGGAUGUGAUCCCUUUGUCGGAUGGAACAAUCAAGGAAGGGAAAGCAACAAUUCUCAAAGAAACAUCAAAACAUGUAUUUUAUAAUCCUGUUCAAGAAUUUAACAGGGAUCUGAGUAUCUUAGUCCUAUCAGUCCAUGCUGAAGAUCACUUUAAGCAGAAACAAGACAAAAAAUUGAAAGAGAAGAAAAGGAACUCAGCCUCCAAAGAGAAUAAUGAAUCAGAAGCGACUGCUGAACCCAUUCCGGAUUUAGAGCCAGGCAAAAGUUAUGAGGAUGGAAUGAUCAUUCUUGAGGCGCUUGCUGCUACUGGUUUGCGAAGUAUUCGGUACGCUAAAGAGGUUCCAGGAAUCAAGCAAAUAGUUGCAAAUGAUCUUUCUCCCUCUGCAGUGGAAAGUCUCAAGGCUAACAUUGCCUAUAAUAAAGUGGAGCAUUUGGUAUCUGCGAGUCACAAUGAUGCAUCGAUGGUGAUGUACCUAAAUAGACCUCCAGCACCAAGGUUUGAUGUUGUUGACUUGGAUCCAUAUGGAUGUCCUUCACAUUUCCUCGAUGGGGCAGUGCAGUCAGUCGCCAGUGGUGGUUUGUUGAUGGUGACGUGCACAGACAUGGCUGUUUUAGCUGGUAAUUCCCCAGAAACCUGCUAUUCUAAAUAUGGUGCAAUUUCAUUAAGAAACCGGUGCUGCUAUGAAAUGGCGCUUCGGAUUGCCCUUCAAUGUAUUGAGUCACAUGCCAACCGGUAUGGUCGGUACAUAACUCCUCUUCUAUCUGUUAGUGCUGACUUUUACAUUCGAACUUUCGUCCGAAUAGAUAGCAGCCCAUCUGUUUGCAAAAGGAGUAUAAACAAGUUGUCAUUGGUUUAUCAAUGUGUGGGCUGUGAAACUUUGACACUUCAACCAAUGGGUGAAUUCAAAAGCAUUAGCGAAAAAAAUCCAAAUCAGAUGAAAACAUUGUUGCCACAUGUUCCUUCAGUAUCUGAAACCUGUCCUCAUUGCGAUAUGAGGUAUCACCUGGGUGGACCAAUCUGGAAUGCCCCCAUCCAUGAUAAAUCAUUUGUAUCAAGACUGCUGGAUGUUGUCACAGCUGAAGAUGCUGCAGAGAAGUUUGGCACAUGUAAACGCAUUGAAGGGAUGCUAUCUGUUGUUGAGGAAGAGCUUGAAGACAUCCCUUUGUAUUACAAAUUGGACCGUUUGUCAUCACUCAUGGGAAUAUCUACAAUGCCAGUUUUGACAUUCAGCUCGGCAAUAUUGAAUGCUGGGUACAGAUUGUCUCAGUCUCACUGUAAACCAUCAUCCUUUAAGACAGAUGCCCCUCAGAAGUUUGUGUGGGAUGUUUUACGUGCAUGGGAAAAAGAAAACCCUGCAAGUGAAAAAAGAUUAAAAGAAGGAACUGUUAGUGCCAAGCUUUUGAGUAAGGCUAUAACUCAUACAGUUGACUUCAAAAUGCAUCCCGAAGCAAAUCCUGACUCAAGACAGAGAGGAAAAUGCAGAUACCAAAUAAACCCUCUGAAAUUCUGGGGACCUGGCAUUCGCUCAAUUGCCAACCUGCAGGAUGGAUCAAUUCAAGAAAAGCAAAGACGCAAUCAGGGCAAAAAUGCAAUGAAGAGAAAACGCACUCAUACCACUGGUGACGCUGAAGAUGAAUCUAAGAAGCUGGAAGAGAGUAAUGUUUGAAGAAUAAGAUGAAAUGUAUUUUAUUUGCCGUGACUAAUGUAAUUACUAAAUAUUUACUUGAAAUAACAUAUGGUCGGUUGGGCAAGAAAAAUGAAUAAAUAGAGCCAAUUAUCAAA